CACGGCACCCCCCCCCCCCCCCCACGCCUCUCUCUCUCUCUCUCUCUCUCUCUCUCUCUGUAAACAUACAUAAUCUUCAACUGUUCUGUCAUCUCUCUCUAGUUGUUGAAUGCUCCUGAAGAGGGUUUAUCUUUUCUUCUGUGCUGAAGAGUUGGGAGGCUUAUGCUGAAGAGGCAGGGAGGCUAGCUUGAAGCUCAAGAUCACACCAUGUUGUUGUUGUUGAACAGAUCACUGCUGAUCUCUCUUCUCACCGCCCUUCUCUUCUUCUCCGGCUCUGCCGAUUUUCGCAACUUCCAAACGCCACCUAUUUCAGGGGAAGUUUUUGGGGAAGAAUAUUAUGGUGGAGUGGUUGAGAGGUUUCUGGCUGAGGAGCCGAGCGGUGAGCCGGCUCUGAACUCAUCGUAUAUUGUUUUGGCCGCGAAGAGGACUCACCGGAAAGACCCCCUUGAUGGGUUCAAGAGAUACACCGGCGGCUGGAACAUCAGUGAGCGCCAUUACUGGGCUUCAGUUGGUUUUACUGCUGCUCCAUUCUUUGUAAUUGCAGCAAUCUGGUUUUUGGUCUUCGGCUUCUCCUUAUGCCUCAUCUGUCUCUGCUAUUUCUGUUUUAGAAGGGAGCCUUAUGGCUAUUCUCGCACGGCUUAUGCUAUCUCUCUUAUUCUCCUCGUUCUCUUCACCCUUUCUGCAAUAGUUGGAUGCAUUGUUCUGUACACUGGUCAAGGAAAGUUCCAUAAUAGUACAACGAAAACAUUGAAUUAUGUAGUAAGUCAGUCUGAUACAACCGUGGAGAAACUUAGGAAUGUUUCCGGAUAUCUUGCUGCAGCUAAGGAUGUUGGAGUUGUUCGAGUUUUUCUACCUUCUAAUGUCCAAGGUGACAUUGACCGCAUCGAAACCAAGAUUAACUCUUCUGCUACUACCCUCCAUGUUAAAACAGAGGAUAAUUCAAGAAAGAUACACAAUCUCUUGGAAGCUGUGAGAUUGGUUCUUAUCAUCCUUGCUGCUGUUAUGCUUUGCCUUGCAUUUAUUGGAUUCUUACUCUCAAUGUUCGGCAUGCAGUUGCUUGUGUACACGUUGGUGAUCAUUGGAUGGAUACUCGUCACAGGAACGUUCGUUUUGUGCGGUGUAUUCCUUCUUCUACACAAUGUGGCUUCCGACACUUGUGUUGCCAUGGACCAAUGGGUCCAAAACCCAACUGCUCAUACAGCAUUAGAUGAUAUUCUGCCCUGUAUUGAUAAUGCAACUGCCCAGGAAACCUUGUCACAGAGCAAGAAAGUCACUUCUCAGCUUGUUGGUGUGAUUAAUCAAGCCAUCAUCAAUGUCACUAACAUGAACUUCCCUCCCAAUCUUGCUCCUUUAUACUACAAUCAAUCUGGUCCUUUGAUGCCAACCCUCUGUGAUCCGUUCAAUUCAGAUUUGACACCUCGAGCUUGCAGAACUGGUGAAGUGGAUUUGAACAACGCGACAGAGGUUUGGGGAAACUAUGUCUGUCAGGCUUCACCAGGCGGGAUUUGCAUCACUGUAGGCCGUCUGACCCCAACAAUCUACAGCCAGAUGUCUGCCGGUGUGAAUGUGAGCUACGGUUUAUAUCAUUAUGGUCCAUUCCUAGUCGAGCUACAAGACUGCACGUUUGUGCGACAAACUUUUAGCGACAUAUAUAGGGAUUAUUGUCCCGGUCUGCAGAAGUACAGCAAAUGGAUCUACAUCGGGCUGGUGAUGGUUUCGGCUGCAGUGAUGCUCUCCCUAAUUUUCUGGGUCAUAUAUGGGAGAGAACGCAGGCACCGCGUCUAUGCCAAAGCGUGCAUGGCUACAGGUUUUGAAGAAGCCAAGUAAAGUUCGAAAAAAGGUGUAGUUCAAUUAUAUAUCUUACACUUUGGACUAUAAAUUCGUAUCCAGUUUUGGAGUCUAUGAAAUUUUAGUUUGUAGGGAUCUGUUUAUUAUGGUAGAGUUUCAAGUCUUCUUGGCUUGAUGAGGCCUACAGGGCUCCCACUCCACUUGCAUUCCUCGGGGUUGUGUUGGGUGUACAGUUCUGAUUUAUUUGGGUUUUUAUCUAUCGUUAUCCAGAACCAGCCUUAGUAGCUAUGAUAAUGUUGUUCUUUUAUGACCAAAAAGUCAUGGGGUUUGAGUUCGAGAUGCUCUUUCACUUAGGUCACAUGUGGUGACAUGGUUUCUGUUACAUGUUUGACUAUAAAUUUGGGUCCUUGAUUUUAAGAUGUUACUAUUUGAAAUGUUA